AUGCUUAUCAGACGCUGCCAUUCGCCAGUCUCACACAGGAGCCUUACGGUCGUCAUCAUUGUGAUUACGGUAUUUCUUCUUACUCUGCUUGCUAAGAAAGAACAUAGCAAGGGAACAAGGCAAUACGAGCUGCCUUUUGGCCUGGGUAUUGCAAUCUCAGCACAGGACGGUUUCCAUUCAGUCAAAUCAUGUCCCUCAGAUCUGGAUUAUUUGAGACGCAAGGAGUACGGGUUGACUCGCAAUGUCGUCUUUCGAAAACGGUGUUUUCGUGGCGUAUAUAGCAAUGAGAGUAGCCCGCGUGAGUCUGUCGCCGAUGUCGACAGGCCAUUGUUAGGAUCGAGAGCAGACAUCCUGGAUCUCGAUGACGAAUGUAAUAGUGUUUCAUCUUCUAGUUCAUUAGACCAGGCCAGAUCUUGUGACCCUAUUACGUUUCCGAUAUCAGCGCCAUACCCAAUGGCUAAUUUCUCGAAUGUCAUCUUUGGUGUGGCGACGACACUCUCUCGUUUGCAAGACUCGGUUCCUCAGAUUUCUCACUGGAUGUCAGGGACUGGUGCUUUGUUUCUGGCCAUUGUCGUUGACGAAUCGGUUACCGACGAUAGUCUUACUUCGUUAGAAUCACUCUAUGACAGUCACGAUAUCAACCUAACAGCCAUUCGACCAUGGAACUGCUCAUUUAAUGUCAACGAGCAGCAUUUUGCCAUCAUUCGGGACCUACAUGAUUAUUCAAGCCAAGAGACGCAAUGGGCAGCUAUCAUUGACGACGACACAUUCUUUCCCUCGCCGUAUUCAAUCACGCAGCUCCUAGCAUCACACGAUCCGUCUCUGCCAACCUACAUCGGCGGCCUUUCCGAAAGCCAGGGGGCAGUAGACUACUUUGGCGUCAUGGCUUAUGGAGGCGCCGGGGUCUUCAUGAGCAUGCCGCUCAUACGACAGCUGGACUCCCAUGUCGACGAAUGCUUAGCCGCGAGCCUCACCAGAGAAGGAGACGGUCUGUUAAGUGGUUGCAUAUACAACCACACACAGACGCAAUUAACCGUCGUCCCCGGACUCUACCAACUCGACAUGAGAGGCGACCUCAGCGGCUUUUACGAAUCUGGCGUCUUCCCGCUCAGCCUCCACCACUGGAAGUCAUGGCACCAGGCCCCCGUCGACAAGAUGGCCAAGAUUGCCGAUUUCUGCGGCGAGUGUUUCUUACAGCGGUGGAGGUUCAACGGUGAUACCAUCCUAGCCAACGGAUACAGCAUUAGCAUCUACGAGGGCGGCAUAGCCAAGCCCGACUUGGAUCUCAUCGAAGGCACAUGGGAGGCAGCGAGGGAAUACGAGAGCACAAUGGGCAAGAUGAGGGACAGGGUGGACGACGGCAAGAAAAAGAGCUACCGGCUUAUCGACGCUGAGGAGGUGGAUGGGAGUUUACGGCAAGUGUUUUUGCGUCAUGGGUCUUCCGAUUUGGAUAAGGAUGGCGAGUUGGAGGCAAUGGACGAGGUCGUGGAACUUUGGUGGGAGUGGCCGCAAGACGACGAGUAUUGA